GGAAGAAGAGGUCAGGCUAGAUGGUGACGGAGUAUCACACGUUACUGCACUUGCAUGAGCAGUUUGAACACUGAACCAUUUUUUCAGUCGGUUAAGUUUAUGGAUGUGGAGGCAAGGCAGAGUGUAACCGGAACUACACACUUAUCGUCUUUCCUGUUUCUGAGCAGAAAUCUGAGUUCUCUCAGCUCGGUGGUAUCAGAAGUAGCUUGAUUUUUUUUUUUGUCUGGAAGAACAGAAUAAAAUAAAUAAAACCAGGAGCAGUUGAUCACGUACAAGUUUGUUGUUGUAAGACUGGUUACAAUGAGUUCAGCAGGAGACAGACAGCACUGCUCUAGGAAGGCUCAAGCACCUGAUCCUGAUCCCUCACAGGUAUGUGAAGGCAUGAAAACUGAGACCUCAGAUGGAGAGAUAUCCGAAGUGUCCGAUGUCUGUGUGAAGAAAGAGGAGGUGCUGGAAUUGAACAUCUACAACCAUACAGAUGACCUCAACAACCCACCUGAAGUUCUCUCCAUUAAAGAGGAAGAUCCUGACAAUAAAGACUAUCUCUACUGUGAAGUUUGCAAAUCCUUUUUCUUCAACAAGUGCGAGGAUCACGGACCACCCCUGUUCAUCCCUGAUACUCCUGUUCCCAUGGGAGUCCCUGACCGAGCCAGACAAACGCUUCCUCCUGGACUAGAGAUUCGCGAGUCCAGUAGUUCUGACCUUGGCCUGGGAGUGUUUAAUAAGGGGGAGACUGUUCCAGUAGGUGCGCACUUUGGACCCUACGAGGGAGAACUAGUAGACAGAGAGGAAGCCAUGAACAGUGGAUUUUCCUGGGUGAUAUGCAGGAGCAGGCAGUGUAAAGAAUACAUAGAUGCCAAAAGAGAGAUACAUGCAAAUUGGAUGAGGUAUGUGAAUUGUGCCCGUAAUAAUGAAGAACAGAAUCUUGUGGCCUUUCAGUAUCAAGGGGGAAUUCUGUAUCGUUGCUGUUGCCCCAUUAACCCAGGACAGGAGCUCUUGGUGUGGUAUGAAGAGAGAUACGCCAAAAAAAUCAGUCCUGCCUUUGAUGAGCUCUGGAACAAAAAGUGCUCAAUGAAUGAAGUAAACAGCGCUCUAUUGCAAGUCUUUUCCUGCUCAGCAUGUCCUCUUUCCUAUGCGUCUCAAAUUGACCUCCACAAACACAUCCAGAGAUGCCACUAUGAAGUGUAUGUGAGACUGCAGGAAUCAGAAGAGAUUAAAUAUGAGCUUCAGAUCCCCUCCAAAGGCUCCAGUAGUCAGUCAACAUCAUCUGAUACUCUCAGUUCUGACCCUUCUCAGAAUGCCAUACAAAAAGAAAUUUACCACUGUUCAGACUGUGGAAAGAGCUUUGAUGAUCAGAAUACCCUUAAAACACACCAUUGCAGUCAUGUAGGAGAAAAGCAACAUCACUGCUCACUGUGUGGAAAUAUUUUCUAUCAACAGAGUGACCUCCAAAAACACCAGCACAUGCACACAGGAGAAAAGCCGUAUCACUGCUCCCAGUGUGGGAAGAGUUUUACUCGCCGGAGUUAUCUCCAAAUCCACCAGCACCUUCACACAGGAGAGAAGCCGUAUCACUGCUCCCAGUGUGGGAAGAGUUUUAUUCGACAGUGUCAUCUCCAAAAACAUCAGCGUGUUCACACAGGAGAGAAGCCUUUUCACUGCUCACAGUGUGGAAAGAAUUUCUGUCAUCAGAGUGAUCUCCACCGACACCAGCGCAUUCACACAGGAGAAAAGCCUUAUCAGUGCUCACAAUGUGGAAAGAGUUUUAUUCAACAUAGUAAUCUCCAAGUCCACCAACGCAUUCACACAGGAGAGAAACCAUUUGACUGUUCACAGUGUGGGAAGAGAUUUAGUCAUCAGGGUCAUCUUCAACGACACCGCCGUGUUCACACAGGAGAGAAGCCGUAUCACUGCUCGCAGUGUGGAAAGAGUUUUCCUCUUCGGGGAUAUCUCCGACAACAUCAGCGCAUUCACACAGGAGAGAAACCAUAUGACUGUUCACAGUGUGGGAAGAGAUUUAGUCAUCAGAGUCAUCUCCAAAAACACCAGCGCAUUCACACAGGAGAGAAGCCUUAUCACUGCUCACAGUGUGGAAAAAGUUUUAAUCAGCCGAGUGAUCUCCAACGACACCAACGCAUUCACAGAGGAGAGAAGCCGUAUCGCUGCCCACAGUGUGGAAAGAGUUUUACUCAGCAUGGUAAUCUCCAAAAGCACCAGCGCAUUCACACAGGAGAGAAACCUUAUCACUGCUCACAGUGUGGAAAGAGUUUUAGUCAACAGAAUCAUCUCCAAGACCACCAGCACAUUCAUACAGGAGAGAAGCCAUAUCACUGCUCACAGUGUGGCAAGAGUUUUACUCUUCAGGGUCAGCUCAGACAACACCAACGUGUUCACACAGGAGAGAAGCCAUAUCACUGCUCACAGUGUGGCAAGAGUUUUACUCGGCAGAGUCAUCUCCAGGACCACCGGCACAUUCAUACAGGAGAGAAGCCGUAUCACUGCUCACAGUGUGGGAGGAGUUUUGGUCUUCAGGGUCAUCUCCGACAACACCAGCGCGUUCACACUGGAGAGAAGCCGUAUCACUGCUCACAGUGUGGCAAGAGUUUUACUCGACAGGGUAAUCUCCAAAAACACCAGCGUAUUCACACAGGAGAGAAGCCGUAUCACUGCUCACAGUGUGGCAAGAGUUUUAUUCGACAGUGUCAUCUCCAAAAACAUCAGCGCAUUCACGCAAGAGAGAAACCUCAUCACUACUCAUAGUGUGGCAAGAGUUUUACUCAACAUGGUAAUCUUCAAAAACACCACCGCAUUCUAGAGAUGGGGACUCGAGUUUGCAACUCGGACUCGAGUCACACUUAAGUCGCACACGCAGUGACUUGAGACUUGACUUCAGACUCAUCCUCAAAAGACUCGACUCGGACUUGAGAUUUGGGAUUCUUGAACAAUAUUUUAUUUUCAUUUUUUGGUGCAUAAAUAUACUAAGUAACUUUAAAAACGCACAAUGGAAUUCAACACGAUAUCACUUUAGAUCCAUGCAUAUAUUUGAAAUUUAUGAUAUUGUAUGUAAUGCACACACACCUUGAAACAUCGAUAAAGGACAUUUAUUGUCAAACUCAAGAAUUAAUUCACAAUAAAAAAUUCAAAGUGACAGUUGGUCCAUGUUCACGAAAUUACAGGUUCAGUAUCGUGUAUGACCUCCGUUUGCUUGCAACUAGGCGUUCACUCUUCGUGGCGGCAGUGACUGAGGGUGUCAGGAAUCUGUCACGGAGGUGAGCUAGCCUGAUGUGCUGAUCCUGAACUGGCGUCGUGACUCGAGGCUGACCAGGGCGUGGACGAUCCCUGGUGCUCCCUGUCUGUCUGUAACGCUGACUCAAACGGGAAAUGGUCGAAUGAUGAACACCGAAGUGCUGGGCGACCUCUGUCUGUGUACUUCCGGCACGCAACAUCCCGAUGGCCUGUUCACGUUGAUUUUGGCUUAGGCGUGGCAUCUUCAAUAAUGACAAUUUUCCCAUCAUUUCCCCCGGGUAUUUAUAGGCAAGAUUGUGUGUGUACAGUGUAUGCAAAAUUUGUUUGAAAAUUAAAGCCUGUCCAUGUCAUUGA